CAAAAACCCUUCUUAAAUUUCCUCUCCCUAUACUUGCCUUCGGUGACAAGAGCUGUAUAAUUAUAUUCAUGUAUCCUAUGCUCUUUCCUUCUAACUUCCUCAUUGAGAAUGCUAUCUUUCAACAAUUUGAGAGACAUCCCUCCAUCCCUAGUGGAGUUAUUCAAUAAACCACCAUGCACCCAUCGGACUUCCGAGUUAGGUUGUGGAACCUCUUUGGCUAAUGUUUCACAUCUCUCUUUUGGUAUCCGCACCUUGGCCAGAGGUGUCAACACUUUGUUCAAGACAAAUUUCAACUUCAAGAAAUCAAGACAUAUCUUAGCAAAAUGAGUGUUGGAUGGGAAGCAGUUUGGUUUGCACUGUUUUGGAAUAUUUGGAUUACCAUUUACCAGGAAUAAGAAGUUAUUCAAUAAUAGGGUGCUAGACAUUAUUAGAAUAUUUUAUUUGGUACUGAUUAGAUCCUUUCAUUGGUUGUCAUACAAAGGAAAGGCAUCUAGGAUGUUCUUUUCAGAU